CAAUAUUAUCAUCAGUUAUUUAUCAGUCCUCACGAUGUAAAUUCUGGGUAAUAGUGCAUUAGGUUUAAUUGAUAUGGUAUUUCCUUACAGCUUUUAUAGUCAUGAAGCUUGUGAUUCGUGCGUACCAUCCAUCAGAUGAAGCCCCUGUAUGUGAGCUGUUUAGCGUUGGGAUUAAGGAGCACAUUGGCCCAUGUUUCUAUAAUGCCAUGAGCAGCCGUCUCUACAUCACCAUCACCACCUCCCUCUGUGCUGCUGGAUACUGCCUUGGAUCAUGGUUAGGGGCUGUUCUCUUACCAGGACUAUGGAUAAGUGUUGUUUACUAUUGCUGCUAUGAGAUCUAUGCAGGCUAUGUGAGGAACAGACUCCGAACAGACAUGCGGGACAUUCCUGGGUGCUUCAUGAGCAGGCCUGGAGACUGCUUCUGGGUGGCUGAAGCUGAGAUGGAGGGUCAUGCUCAGAUCCUGGGCACUGUGGCUGUGGUGGAGAGAGAGGACGGUGGAGAGAGGUUUGGUGAACUCUUCAGGAUGAUCAUCGCUCCUAAAUGCAGGCGCAUGGGCUUGGGUCGGAGACUUACACAGACUGUUGUGGACUUUUGUAAAGAGAGAGGCUUCUCUAAAGUAGUGCUGGAGACCAGCUCUACUCAGGCAGCAGCUGUGGCUCUGUAUAAGAUGGUGGGCUUUGACCUGGUUACCACAAAGAGAAGAGCGGAGGCCCCGUUAUUGUUGCCUUUCUUGGCCAGAGUAUCAGUGCUAAGAAUGGAAAAACAUGUAGAGCUUCGCUUUUGA